AUGACACCAAACCAUACAAUAAAAAAUAAUGGUAACAAUAAAGUUGAUGAUGAAGAGAAUGAGCAAUUAAAUAAUUCAAUCGAAUCAUUAAAAGAAAAGAUAUUUUAUGAACCCAACGAAGCAAUCAAUUAUUUUAAUUUAGCAAUUUUAUUAAAUAAUAGAAAGAAUAAAUCAAUCACAUUGGUAGAUGAUGUUGAAAUGGAUCAAAAGCAACUAUAUAUCAAAUCAUAUAAUUUAGAUAAUAGUUUUGUUGGUUCAUUAAAUAACCUAUCAACGUUAUUAAAUAAUCCAGAAGAAGUGGUCUAUUUAAAUGAAGAGAACCCAUCAAUGAACAGAUUCGAUCUAGCAAAAUUAGUGUAUGAAUUGGAUUCAAAUUAUUCAAAUAUAUGUCAUAAUUUAGCGGUAUUUUCAAAAACAAAAUCAACAAUUACUCUAUCCAAUGGAACGACUAUCAACAAUAAACAAUUAUACUCUAAAGCAAUUUCGACAAUGAGUCCAAGUGAAUGUUGGAAAUCUUAUUACGGUCUCUACUUUGAACUUGAAGACGAUGAGGAUCAAGUUAUGGUAUUGGAAGAAACAAAUAAUAUAAGCUACUCAAAAAAAGAAAUUUUAAUUAAAAUAUUAUCUUUGAUUAAAGAUCAUUCACUAUUAGAUUAUUAUAAUAACUAUUAUAAUAGCGCAAUGUCUGUUCAGUUAUCAACUGUAUAUUAUAGUUUAUCAAAUUACUUACAAGAUGAAAGCUCCUCUAUCCAACUACCCAAUAUACAAGACUUUGAUAUAAAUAACACUGUCGAUCCUUCCUUACCAGCCGCUGCUAUUGUCGGUAUCUCUGCCGCCAACACCACUAUAAAUAUGAACAAAAAAGAUCUCUUAGUCGAGUCCCUCAAAUAUAAUCCAUCCAACUAUAAUGUGAUGCUAGAGUUAUCCCAAAUUAUGAAUAAUCAAGAGCUAAUCCCAUUGUUUAUUGAUGGUGCUUCCAAAUCAAUGUGCAAAGUGGACAUUUUAUUCUUACUAAUCAAUAUUGAUUUAGAUAGCGAAAUCAAUCAAUCUAUAGUCUUAAAAGCAAAUCAACUAUAUCAAAAUAUUAAAUGGUAA